CAAAAAUGAGAGAAAGACCGAGCGCAAGCAACGCAUUCCCGCACCAAAAUGCGAGCAUCUUUCAUGAAGGAAGCUGCAGUUUCUUCUUGAUUGAGCAGCGCGAUAAGUUUCUUGUUUGAGUUGUGCAGUUCCUGGCGAGUGAGCUCGAGGUGUCAGAAAACACAGACGAGGUUCUAUUGCGUAGAGAGUGAGGACGACACGAUCUCUAUCUCUCUGUUUCAAAAAGAAUAAAUCACAUAGAUUCGAGAGAUCUACUUUCUCAUCUAAAAAUUCCCCGUCAGUAUGUAGCUCUCACAAGAAGUCAAACACUGGCAAGUAGCAAUCAUGACGGGGGAGUCCAAAGUGAAAAAGGUGAUUGUGCACCGGUUUUCGCUGGCGGGCGGGAAUUUGGAGCUGGAGCUUCCCGGUGAGACCUCCGUUGCGGAGAUCCGAGAAACGGUGUUCAAGGAGGCCCGGGCCCGGGAUGAGAAAAAAUACAAGAUCGACUUCGAGCAGAAGAAAGUGCGGUUAUUUCUCUCGCACUUUGAGCUGAUCGAGGACAACAUCGACUUUCUCCUCGAGAACGAGAACCUGGACAAUGCCGCUUCCUCGCCGCUGCAGAUCCGGAAGGAAAAGGUGUACGAGUCGCGGUAUCAGUCCGGGAAAGAGCUCUACGACGCGAUGACCCUGUACGACCUCUGCGACAUGCUGCAGCAAGAUCCGCCCCACAAAGCCAGCCUGCUCGGCUUGACCUCGGGACACCCAUCUCGGCCCAGUUCCGCGCAAAGCUCAGCACGGAGAAGAAACCGAUCCCGGUCCCAGUCCCGAGCUUUGUCGCCGAACCGCAGCCCCAGGUCCCCCGGCAGGACGCGAACCCAACCGAGUCCGGAGCGGGUGGCGUCGCGGUAUUCCCCCAAGCCCAGCCCCCGAGGCGGCGGAGCCCCCGUAGUUCCUGCGCCGGGGGGCAUCACGAACCGGAUCAGCUCACCUAAACCGACGCCGAGCUCGCCCGGGGGCGUGAGUCAGAGUCAGCACAACAACUACCAGCAAAUAAAGGCUUCCCCAGCGUCCUCCCGUGGGCUGAAGUCGCCGAGCACGCCCGGCGGCAGAAGCUCGCGGCACGGAGCGCAGCACUUGAUGCAGGGCCGGAACCUGAACCAGUAUUUCGAGGUAUCACAAGGAAAAAUCCCCGCACCCCAUAUCGAAAACGAAAUUUGUGAUGCUGUAUUUGCGUACACAAAUCAGAUUUGUGAUGCUGGAGAGGACUGCAGGCCCCUAUCGAGCCUGAAGAGAGAGGUUUUUGUGUAGGCGCUUAGCAUGAAAAACGUCCGCGCUGUAGGCCCAACAGCAUGACAAACCGCCUGCAUAAUGCGGCGGAGCCGGUGGAGUUGCCGACUUGCAAAACAGACCCGAUUUGUUGUCACAAAUCAGCAACACAAAUUUUCGAAAACGCACCUCAUCAUUAUGGGGAGGGGGGAUUUUUCCUUUUGAUUCGAGGACGCAUUCGAGGAACUGACGAUUGCGCCGAUGCAUUUGCGGAAAGAGAAGCUGUCGACGGUUUUGUUGAGCGAUGAAGUGCCGCUUUCCGCAAAUAUGCUGCGGAUCCCGCCCUCGCACAGGGACUUGGUGCACUCCCGGGCGGCGGGAGGGAGAGGGGUACUUACAGUAGCAAAGUGGAACGCUUGGUUCUGUGGUCCUCGGUUCAAUUGUUGAUUUGCAUGUAGUUGGAAGAUUUUGCUGUUUGACUCAGAAAUGGCAUACAAAUAGGUGGAUAAGUUUUAUUCAAAACGCAAUAGAAAUAGGAACCAUGUAGCAUCCACUCUGAAAAUCAAAAACCACAAAACAUUCUCAGGACCUGUACCCCGAGCAAUCGGAGGACGAUCCGACGAAAGUUUCGGAUGACGAGGAUGUGGAGGAGGAGAAAAAGCCGGUGCCCAAGAUCAAACCCGGCGGCGACUUCAUUCAGCUCGGCCACCGGCGCCGCGUCGACGAGAUUCACAUCUCCGCCUACGUCUCGGUGAAUUGGCCCCUCUGCAUGGGGGAGCCCAGCGACGUGUGGAAGCGGCGGCAGAAGGUGUUUGCGGACUUUCGUGCGGGCAUGAAGGGCGGAGGCGUCCUGUCCAAGGAGAUGUUUCAGAGGUUGUUGAAGGUAAGUCUGAGUGCAGCUUUUUGUGAAAAACGUAUAUAGUUUAUCGUACAUCGCGACCUACUGGUCGUGCGUCAAUAGUCGCAUGGCGUGUUUCUUCCUAUCGCUCACCGCAUGAGGUAAAGAAAUCUUUAAUGCGAAUUGCUUACACUGAUCCAACACAGGUUGACGGCUUUGCCUCCACCAACGCGGGCAUUGCGUCUAUGGACUACGAAACCUCGAAUAGCCUGCAGAACACGCUCCUCCCGCCGCCCAUGAUGUCGCCCUUCGGCGGGAAUCUGUACCUGGACAAACUGCAAACGCCGCCACGGGCGACGGGCUUAACCGGCUUGGGGCCGCAGGGGUCUUUUUUGCAACGGCAGGCGUUUUCGGAAAUCAAGUUGAACACGACACUGGGCCGAACUUUGUUCUCCGCCCACUCCUAUCAAAUGUAAAAAUGUGGUCUGGGUCUGGAGACUUGUGAUGCAAAGAAGGGAAUAGUGAAAACAUUAUAAUGCGCUGCCCAGCAUGAGCAUGACAAGUCUUGACGUGGUUCUGAGUUGCGUACUCCGCAUGGGAAACUGCGCUGUUGCAUGUUGACAGGUAAGAGGAGCUGCCCGCGGCCACGCAAUACAGAGUUCAGAGUCAUGCCAGACUAGCAUUACAAAUCUCGCAAUCUCCCAGACCAAGACAUAUUUGCAGUUGAUAACUCCGGCGCCACCAGAAUUGUGAACGCCAGUCGGACGGUCAACCCCACGGUGGCGAUGAAAAGGCCGAAAACCCCGGCAAACUACAAAAAUACGGACGUGUGAGCAGGGGGUCUUGCAAGGAGUCGUGGUGGCACGACCUGACCUCAGUCUAAAGACUACAACUUUAUUGCGGUCAAAGUACUGUGUGUCCCCCGGGUCUUGUAGGAUUGGAGUAAUCAUAAGCAUAUGGAAGGUACUGCAGAAGUUGUGAGAACCAGGACAGUGGCUUCCAUCUCUUGUAUGAUUUUUGGUUUCACUUUUGAAUUUGAAAGCCUUCUUGGAAGAGUUGAGUUUCCUUUUGUGGAAAGACGACCUCUCUGUACCAUUUUUGACACGUCGAAAAAUACUCGAUGGAGUUUCACAAGUGAGUAUGAU